AUGAAGAUUUUAGACUAUAUCAAAAAAGGAUUAAAAAAGAUAAUCGACAACACUACAUUUGAGAAAGAUAUAAGGCAAAAAGCAUCUGAUUUACGUAAUGAGGAUGUUGAACUGAGCCAGGGGACUAUUCGUCAACUGGAAGAUCGACUAUUCGUCUGUCCUUCUCUCUGGCCUCCUGUAACACAUAGGAGAACUAUUCGUUGUCUU